AUGCCUCAGAGAGAGAAAACUCCCAGGAUGAAUUCUUCUACUUCAUCCUCCAAAGUCACAGAGGUAGAAGAUACAGUAGAAAGUCUGGAUGAUGAUGGUGAUGAUGAUGACGAUGACGAUGAUGACGAUGAUGAUGAUAUGGAGUGUAAAGAACUGGAAGGUUUGAAAGAAGCCUUGGAGAACCUCCGUGGUCUGUCCAGUGAGGAAAAAAGUGAAAAGGCCAUGCUCCGCUCACGCCUUCAGGAACAGUCUCAGCUCAUCUGCAUCCUGAAGCGCCGGGCUGAUGAAACACUAGAACGCUGUCGGGUCCUGGAGCAGCUUAACACAGAGCUGGAGGAGAAAAGGAUGAAUGAUGUCGAGAGGCUGGAGGCCCAGACACAGCGGACGCUGAAGCUGGAGUCCCGAUUCAUGGACCUGGCCUCCAACCAUGAGGAGAUGAUCCGUUUUAAGGAUGAACACAAGAGGCAGAACGCAAAACUGAGAGAAGAGAAUGAAAUCCUGAAGAGGGAGAACAGAGAACACUUCAGCCAAGCCUUGAAAGACCAAGAAGCCAAAGUAUGUGAACUCACAGCCCAGGGGGAAAAGUUGUCCAAAGAGCUGGAGGCUCUGAAGGGGAAAUAUGCAGAAGACAGUAGCCGAGCCAAAGCCCGGGAGAAGGAGCUCUUGGACCUGAAUCAACAGCAGGUCCUCUCCCAUGCUAAGGAAACCAGCAACCUGAGAAACCAGCUACAGGCUCUAGAAGACCUGCACCGAAAAACCCUGGCGAAGAUGAUCAAGAGCGAAGAGAAGCAGAAGGGCUUGAGUUCUGACAUGAGCAGCCGUCUGGAAAAAGUGACCAAGGAGAAAGAGGAGUUGCUGCAGCUUUCCAUGGAGAGGGGCAGAGUGCUUCAGAACAAACAGCUGGAGAUCCAGCAGCUGGAAGAAAAGUUGGAGGCAUCAGAGGUCGCCCGGAAAAAUGCACUGGAUCGUUUUGAGCAAGAGGCCGCCUUGGUGAAUAGCAAUCUGAAAGUUCAAGAAUUGAGCCGAAAGGUGGAGGGAAUCCAGAAUGCCUAUGAUGAGCUUUGGUUGCAGUCUGAAGCCUUCAAAAAGCACAGUCUGGAUCUUUUAACCAAAGAGAGAGAGCUCAAUGCCAAACUCCGACACCUCUUUCCCUAA